AUGAUUGUUGCUCCCGUCUUCUCCCCUCGGUGUCCCUACAAAGUUACCUUCCUUGUAAACGCGUUCAAGGUCCUUCGCAAGUGGAUACGACGAGCCGUUCAUCUCGCGCGCCAACGUUCCCACCAUGACUCUCAUAACUCCGACUCUGACUCCGUGCUCUCCCAGCCAUUCGGGUCUACGAAGUUUGGUUGGUUCGAGGAGGAAGAAGACGCCGUUACCAGCCCCAAGGGUGAUCUGCGCAUCUUCCUUGCUGUUGAUGCGAUGCUCGCCGAUGACAACCUGAUUGACGGCUUCUAUCGAGGGCAGAUCCAGCAGCUACGCAGCCGCGGCCCCGAAGUCAUUGACUUCGUCCUCGAUGUCAUGGGCCGGCGCAUGCGCGAUAGAGUCUCCCGCACUAGGCUGCCGCUGCAAAAUCUGCGACCGAUGAGCAAAGUCGCAUGGGUCGGACUGACGGGCAUUCUCGCGGACGUGAUGGAGGAUUCGAUCGUUCAGGACAUGGUCCACCCGGCUCACCCCGAUGACGAUAGCCCUCGCGAGCGGAGCCUGGUGGACUGGAUGAAAGAUAUACUGAAAAUCGUCCUGUCGGGCUCGGGAUACACGUUCCAGCCGGGCGAGGCAAAAAUUAUCGUCCACGCGUUGCUCUACGAUCCCGAGAACACGGUCGAGCUUCUACAGCUCGUAGGGCGGCCAGAGCGGGACCGGCAAGGACGGCAAAGGCGGCGAGGACGAUGUAUCUCACCUCACGACUUCGCGGACAUCCUCGACCUCUCUUUCGAGACCUUCAGCUCGUUUGAUCCAGACUGUGUAAUCCGCUGCAUGUUGGAGCUCGGCAGAUGGACUGUUUCGCAGUACAGCGACUCGCUCUACGACGUUAUCAAAUCCUCCCGGCUCGGCGUGAAGGGCGUCGUUGCUGUCGCGCGGGUGCUCGUGGACAAGCUUACGGAGGAACUCGAGUGGCGGCGCGAGUGUAACGUGGAAACUUGGGAUAACUGGUUUGACGAUGCGCUCCCUUGCAUCGUCCAUGCGUUCACGCGCUUUGGGGCGACCCCUGAGGACCACGAUCUAGGGCACGAAGAUCCGAAGCGCAACGACCUCAGGCAUGACGAUCCAGAUAUCAGCCUGAGGCGCGACGACCCCCGACGCGACAUCGACAAGAUCGCGGGCGUAGUGUGGAAGCUCUGCGCGGAGGACGAGGCGACGAUGGCUGUGGUUAUCCGCCAUUUACCUGAACACGAGAGCACCACGGAUGGCUCGAAUUGCCCGUGCCUCUUCGCCGCCGCAAUGGGGCAUCGAUGCAUCAGCCGGGAUGCGCGAGAGCGGAUAAUGGGCAAUUUCAAGGCGUUGGUCAAGGACGCGACGUGUCCCGAGCCUGCGAAUGGUCUCAGCCCGGAGAAGCUGUGCGACGUUGCCAAGUGCAUGCGCAACCAUCAGGCUUCGUACAGCGAAGAAAAGUCGCAGUGGCGCGUGUUCUACUCUUUGCUGUGCCCAGGCGACCACGCGCGGGGGGACUCAGGCGACACAAUCGUGGAGUCCCAGCCAGACUCGCUCGACGAGCUCUCACACGAGCAGCCUCUCGACAGCGCGUACGAAGAGGGACCGCCAGGGCAGCCAGAUCCGUUCAUGAAACGCACGAUGUUCCAGCGGCCGAGGUACUCAUCGCCGACACCGCUGAGCCCGAACAUGUCACUCGAGUCGGGCAAGACGGCGGUAGAAUCAGGCUACACCAUCGUAGACCCGCGGCGCGCGAAGAGCAUGAAUAGCGGGGAGGGUUGGCAUGCGGGGUACAGCCCUGCGAUCGAGAACGGGCAGUCGUCACCGACCGAGCGCGGAUUCGGCGAAUUCAAGUUCAUAGGGCCGAUGCAGUCGACGCCUGUGAAGCAAGCCCGAAAACGCAGGCGACUGGACUAA